GGACCUAAUUCUUGCAUUCUGUGAAAACGGAAUGAAUAAUUUCAAAGAAUUGAAGAAGAGAAAUAUCUCGGGCCACGCAGAGUCCGAGGAUGGCGCCUCGUAUUCGCGUCCAGUAAUAAAGUUGCUUCCGAAAGCUGCGGAGGAGGAGUCGCAUACACCCAACGUCAAACCGGUGGACGUCGUAACACCAAACGACAGCGCCUCAUUCGUCCUAAUUCAUUAUGAUAAAUUUGAAACUUUUCUAACAUAAAGUAAUAUUAAAAUUGGUCAUAAGUUAUGCAAAAAUAGAAUAAAAGUCUAAUGUUUAAUAUUUCAGGCAAUUACCUCUAACUUUAUUUUAUUAAUAAAGCACUCAGCUGAUGCAUACAAUAGGUCAUUAUUGUAAUUCAUUACACCGUAGAACGACUUAUAAAAUUAUAAAUUUAAUAACUAAAAAAUAAUUUUAAUAUAUUAUCAAAUGUUUUAUCGACAACAUGGUUAAAUUUUUUAAACAUGCAAGGUAAGUUUAUGCAAAUGAACCGUUGUCUUACUGUGAUUAAAAGAAACUCAACUGCUUUGAAUGUUUUUAAAGUAGUAAUUGAUACAUUUUCUGACAAUGGCCACUUUGGAGCAGGUUCGAGAAUUCAGAUCCGAUAGAGGUGGAAACACCGUGUCUAUUUGCGUGGGUUGUCGCCACCCCUCUUGGUCGGAUUAUUAUGGAGCACACGCUUGUAGACGUUGUACAAGGUUGUUCGUGAAAGCCAUUCGAGAAAGAAGGUGUUACAUUUGUCGUACAUAUAUGGGAUUGUGUCUUUCUACAAAUGAUCCAACAAAAAGAUGCAGAUAUUGCGAUCUAGAAAGGUUAUACAGACGUGGAUUAAAACCGAUAAGAUUUGGAGUACACGACGAUAGAUGGUACAUGCUGGAUAUGAUUCCUUAUAUAAACAGUGGAGUAGUAAUUGAUUAUGACCCUGGGAUAACUGCUGUACACUAUGAAAUGGGUAUUAUAAAUCGAUUCAAGUACAACUGUUUUCAAUCAUAUGUAAGAUGGUUUGAGAGAAACCGAUCUGAGAACCCUUUUAUUAACGUAGAGGGAUUGGAACUAUUACGUUAUGAUUUGUUAUCGAGAGGAAUGAUUAUGGCAGCAAUUCUCGAAUGCAUAAACAUUCACGACGUGUUGAAAAUCGAAUUUCAUUACUUUGAUCCGUAUGAAUGCCUAAUUUUGGAUAACCGAACCUGGUCAAUUAAUAUUUUAUAUAAGGUACGCCAAUUUCUUGCGAAAUGGAGAGAAAAUGGCCCUAACGAAUUUGAUGUCUGGAUGUACAUAGUUUUGGGUAUAGAGGGAACAAUAGAUUUUAAUUUAUAAAAAUUUAUCAUCAUUUUCUUUUUGCACAAUUAUUGUAUAAAACUGAGAAAUUCUAUCUUUGGAUUUAUAUUAAAUUCUCUGACAUUCGAAUGAAUGAUUGAUUUCUUACAAACGACGCUUAAAAUAUCUUCAUAAUUUUAACUGUAUUUAAACAAAGAUAAAAUGACAAAAGGUAUGAGCUUGAAUAUUAAGAAAAGAUCAAUUUAAAUGUGACAAAAUGUUAAUUUGCAGUUUUUUGUGCUUCUCGUUACGAAAUUUUAAAAUAUGCUUUUUGUACCGAUUUUAUAUUGA